AAUACCGGGACGAAUUUGGCCAUUGAUUUGUGCAGCCUGGAAUGGUAGGGAGUUCGGUCAAGUUGCUUAAAAGAUUCGAGGAUAUUUGUAAAUAACCUAAUACAUUGUUCAUUGAUGAAAGUAAAAUGGACCAACCAGCCAGUGGCCUGGACUAAACUCCAUGUUGGUUAGGAGUUUUGAAGCAUUUUAAAGCCUGGGAUCACAACAAAGAAUACAUUUUUUAUUUACCAAGAGGAGACAAUUUCCUUCACCUCUUCCAAAGGAUCCCUCAACUGAUCUGCAGCAUUAAGAGCAAAGAAUGGAAGAGGCUGAUCUACUGAAAGAACGGCUGCUAGCCAUCACUAACAAGAGGAAAGUACAAGAAGAAAUCACAAGACAACGGUUCCAAGUGGAAGGAGAGAAGAUGAAACUUAAGCAUUUAAAGUCAAAGGGCUUGAGAGAGAGAUGGCUAGUGGAAGGAAUAACAGCCAUUCCUCUACAAGAGCAAGAGGCCAUGAAAAAACAACAUCAGGAAGACCAACAACAAUCAAAACAACUGGAACAAAACAUUCUCAGACUUGAAGAAGAAAUUGAAAAUCUCGAAAACCAGGAGGUUCAGAUAUCUGCCAAUGAACAAAUACUAUUGGAAAAGCUGAAAACAACAGAAGAUGUAAUAAAGGCGACGAAGGCUGAGAAUGAUAAAGGCCAUGUCCAAUUUAUAUACUCAAAGAUUCCAGAUCUUCCAAAGACAUACAAACCCUGCAAUUUGCAACAUACAGCAAGUAUAACAACACAGACACAAGAAGAACAGGAGCCACUCAAAACAGCUUUAUUUGCUGUGGAAAUCAACGUUCAAAAGGACAUGAAGACAGGAGAGAGUACAGUUCUAUCAACUGUACCUGUGACUGUUGAUGAAAUCAGGGACAGAGGUGUUAAAGUGUACGAAGACGGGAUUAAGUCAGUGUACGCUGUGCGCACUGAUGGAGGGGCAAUGCACAAUGGUGUCAGUGACUUGACUCAUGAGGAGGUGGAAGCGUUAUUAGAACAGGUUGAGAACAAAAAGGAAAAUGUUUCUGCAGCAUGUCAUGCACCUGUGUUCUCGAGUCCCUAUCAUAAAUCCCCAUCUCCUAAAAUACCCUUUUCUGAGCAUGCUGGUUUAGAAUCAGAGAUUCAUGAAAAUAUGACCACAAAUGAAACAAUUGAAAGACACGAACCAGUAAUGGCUCAGAUCUAUGGAAACAAUGAUAUCAUCGCAGAGCAGAACAGAAAGAACUUCAGUGAGUCUCCACAGCCAACACUGAUACCUUCUCCUUUCGCAAGGUCUCCAGUACCAGGUUCCAGGUCUCCCAGUUCCAGGUGGAGUCACAGUGAAUUAGGUAAUGAGUCGCCAGUCACCAGAAAUCAGUUGAAUUCGAUACACCUUCAACAAAAGGAAAACCACCGAGAGGCUGUGUUUAUCAGUUCUGACCUUGACAAUGAUGGUGAGUCUUCUUCAGCUGACGAAGAAACGGACAUCAAGUUCAGCAUUGUCCAUUCCUUGCCUUCCGGCGUUAACACUGAGGAUCCGGUCACUAUGAUCUUCAUGGGGUAUCAUGAUAUAGAUGAUGAAGAUGAAGCCAAAAAAAUGUUGGCUUUUGAAGGAGCUAUUCGUGCAGAACUGGUUGUUAUAAGCGAUGAUGAUAAUUCUAAUGAUGAUGAUGCCACCGAGAUGACACCACAUGAAGCGAAUGGGAACAUGAACCCAGGAUUUUCUCCAGCCACUGUUUCAUCUACAGACGAGAAAUGCAAAACCUCAAAUGCUGCAAUAGAUCUAAUUACAGGAGACAGCUCUACCCCAAAGAAUUCUACUUUAAUUUCAGGGCAGGAUACAGCUACAAACCAUUCUGCUCCCAAAACAUACUCUGAUGGACAAAUGGACGGAGUUGGAAGUUCUGAAGACCCUUCUGUUUCAGCCUUAAAAGCGAGAAUGGCGAAACUCGGCCAAAGGGUGAUGAUGUAAACUGGACCCUUCCACGACACAGUAACCUGAUCAUCACGACUGGGGCCGGGGGAAAAUCUAAGGACCUCUUCAAAGAAGUACACACAGGAUAGAAAAGUGAAACUUACCUGCGUUCAGUUUCUUAUGCUGCAAGUUCUCCGCUAAGCUACCACAUGUAUUGCGUAACGCUCAAUCAAAAUAUUUGAGGCUGAAAAAAAUGUUUCAAAUUGGUUCAUUACAUUUGCAGCAGCUUUCACUGACACAAAUAUAACCAGCGCUAUAAAUAUCAUAUUUAAGGUGAGAAUUAGUGAUGGGUUAAAACAGCUGCAAAAACAAACUGAAUAUGUUUUAGUCUUUAUGCCAAAAAAUAUGCUUUCAUGAAACUUCUCUUCAGUUAUGUUCUUAUUUUUAGUUUGUAAGAGGGUCUUCAUUGAGUAAUAAAUUAC